AUGACAAGAAAGGAAGAAAUUUUCAAAAUAUUAACUCAAACGGCAAAAGAACGAAUAAUGAUAAUUGAUGGCGCAAUGGGUACAAUGAUACAGCGAGAAAAGCUUAGUGAAAAUGACUUUCGAGCCGACAUUCUCAAGGACCAUCCUAAAUCGUUGAAGGGAAACAACGAUCUGUUGACAAUAACUCGGCCGGACAUCAUUUACAAAAUUCACAAAUUAUAUUUAGAAGCUGGCGCUGACUUUAUCGAGACAAAUACUUUCAGUAGCACAACGAUAGCUCAAGCAGAUUAUGGAUGUGAACAUUUAGUAGAUAAAUUAAAUUUAGAGUCAGGGAAACUUGCGAAAAGAGCCGUCGAUGAUUAUUAUCAGCAAACUGGGAAUCGUUGCUUUGUCUGCGGCGCAAUCGGUCCUACAAACAAAACAUUGUCGAUAUCUCCGUCAGUGGAGAAACCGGAGCACCGUAAUAUAACUUUUGAUGAGCUCAUGGUUGCAUAUAAGGCUCAGGCUCGUUUUUUGCUACAAAGUGGUGUUGAUGUACUUCUUGUUGAAACUAUAUUUGAUACGGCGAAUGCAAAGGCUGCUAUAUUUGCGAUACGAUCGUUGUUCGAGGAUGAGGAUAUACCUGAAGUACCAGUGUUUAUUUCCGCAACUAUAGUUGAUCGUUCUGGCCGAAACUUAUCCGGACAAACAAGUGAAGCAUUCCUAAUAAGCACGCAACAUGGUCAGCCAUUUGCAGUCGGACUUAAUUGCGCAUUGGGCGCUAAGGAAAUGCGUCCUUACAUCGAAGUUAUUUCAAAAAAUACAACUUCCCUUGUUCUUUGUUAUCCAAAUGCAGGAUUGCCUAAUGCUCUCGGUGGUUAUGAUGAAACCGCAGAGGACAUGGCUAGUGAAAUUUUUUCAUUUGCCAAGGACGGAUUGGUUAACAUUGUUGGCGGUUGCUGUGGUAGCACUCCCAGUCAUAUUCAAGCUAUAGCACAUUUAAUAAAAGGAGUCAAACCUCGGGUGGCACCGUUAUCUGUUCAUAGUGGAUACACGCUUCUUGCUGGCCUCGAAUCGAUGCAUAUCGGCUCAAGCAGAAAUUUUGUCAACAUUGGUGAGCGAUGUAAUGUAGCUGGUUCAAAGCGAUUUUGCGAUUUGAUCAAAGCAGAGAAGUUUGAUGAAGCAAUCAAAAUUGCGCUUGAACAGGUGGAAAAUGGAGCACAAAUUCUGGAUAUUAAUAUGGAUGAUGGCCUUUUGGACGGAUUAUUUGUCAUGCCAUAUUUUUUACGAAUAUUAGCCUCCGAACCUGACAUCUCAAGGAUACCAUUUUGCAUCGAUUCAUCUAAUUUUGAUAUUAUCAUUGCUGGCCUUAAAUCAUGUCAAGGAAAAUGUAUCGUUAAUUCAAUAUCACUAAAAGAAGGCGAGGAAUCUUUUCUGGAAAAAGCUCAUUUGAUUAAGCGAUUUGGUGCCGCUGUUAUCGUUAUGGCGUUCGACGAAAAUGGACAAGCUACUGAAAUACUGAAUAAAUUUGAAAUCUGUGAGCGAUCAUACAAUUUACUCGUCGAAGAAGUCGGAUUUAAUCCAUGUGAUAUCGUCUUUGAUCCAAAUAUUCUUACAGUAGCGACUGGUAUGGAAGAACAUGCAAAUUAUGCAGUGAAUUUUAUAGAAGCGACUCGUCUUAUUAAAGAGAACCUUCCUGGUUGUCUCGUUUCUGGUGGCGUUUCCAAUAUUUCAUUCUCAUUUCGUGGAAUGGACAAGAUUCGAGAAGCUAUGCACGGUGUAUUUUUAUUUCAUGCAAUUAAAGCUGGUAUGGAUAUGGGUAUUGUGAAUGCUGGCUCACUGCCAGUUUAUACUGACAUUGAACCCGAACUAUUAAAACUUUGCGAGGAUUUGAUAUGGAAUAAGGAUCCCUUGGCGACGGAAAAAAUAUUAUCACUUGCACAAGAUUUGAAAACCGAUGUUAAAAAUAUCACAGAAAUAACUAAUUGGCGAAACGAUAGCGUCGAGAAAAGAUUAGAAUAUGCUUUAGUAAAAGGAAUCGAUACUUUUAUCGUUGAAGAUACUGAAGAAGCUAGAUCGAAUUUCACGAAAUAUCCAAGACCAUUAAACGUCAUUGAACAACCCCUAAUGGCUGGGAUGGCCAUGGUCGGUGAACUUUUCGGGUCUGGAAGGAUGUUUCUACCGCAGGUAAUCAAAUCAGCUAGAGUUAUGAAAAAAGCGGUGGCCUAUUUAAUUCCAUUCAUGGAUGAAGAAAGAAAAAAAAACCUAAAAAAUACAGAAGUUAACGUUUCUGAGGAAAGUCCAUAUCAAGCAACAAUUAUAAUAGCAACGGUGAAGGGCGAUAUCCAUGAUAUUGGUAAAAAUAUUGUGUCUGUUGUACUUGGUUGCAAUAACUUUCGAGUCAUUGAUCUUGGAGUUAUGACACCUUGCGAAAAAAUUAUUAAAGCAGCUUUAGAUGAAAAAGCUGAUUUUAUUGGAUGUUCUGGUCUUAUAACUCCUUCUUUGGACGAAAUGGUGCAUGUGGCAAAAGAGAUGGAACGUUUUGGUUUUUCCAUACCACUUCUUAUCGGUGGUGCAACCACUUCAAAAACACACACAGCAGUGAAAAUUUGUCCUUGGUAUAGUGGUCCAGUUAUUCACUGUUUGGAUGCUUCAAAAUCAGUUGUUGUUUGCUCAUCACUGAAAGAUGAAAGAGUAAAAGCUGAGUUUCUCGCUGAUUUGGCAGAUGAUUAUAAGUCAGUUCGUGAAGGUUACUACGCAUCAUUGAAAGAACGUCGUUUUAUUUUUCUUAGCGAAGCUCGGAAAAGGGCAUUCAAAAUUGACUUUAAGGAGUUUCCACCAGUUGAGCCGACGUUUUUGGGACGAAAAGUCUUUUCUGAUUUUGAUUUGAAUCUCCUAAUACCGUACAUUGAUUGGAAACCGUUUUUUGAUGUUUGGCAAUUAAGAGGAAAAUAUCCGAAUCGAAGCUAUCCAAGUAUCUUUAAUGAUGAACAAGUCGGAACCGAAGCAUAUCGUGUUUUCAAUGAAGCGCAAAAGGUUAUGGCUGAGCUAAUUAAUAAAAGGCAAUUAAGGGCCACAGCAGUUGUUGCUUUCUUUCGCUGUUCGAGUUAUGGAGACGAUAUUUUUGUCUUCGAUGCUACAAGCAUGAAACACAUUGAAACUUUCUAUGGUCUUCGACAACAAAGCGAUCGAGAUGUUGAUCAGGCUUGUAUUUGCCUUUCUGAUUUUAUUGUUCCUGGUGAUGGAACAAAACCAACUGAUUAUAUUGGCGCUUUUGCAUGUACAACAGGAUUUGGAGCCAAAGAAUAUUGCAGCCAUUUAGAAAGGGAUAAUUUAGAUGAUUAUAAUAGCAUUAUGGUUAAAGCGUUAGCUGAUCGUUUAUCUGAAGCGAUGGCUGAAUAUUUGCAUAUGAAACCCAAAAUGGAAAAAUUUUAUGUUCGGCGUGAAUAUUGGGGUUAUGCACGAGAAGAAAAUAUGCUUGCAUCAGAUAUGAUCAGCGUACAGUACAAAGGAAUACGACCGGCACCGGGAUAUCCUUCACAGCCGGACCAUACCGAAAAAGAGGCUUUGUGGCGAUUGUUAGAUGCGGAAAAUCUCGCUGGUAUAAAGUUGACAGAAACUUUUGCCAUGGAUCCAGCUGCAUCAGUCUGUGGCUUAUAUUUCGCAAAUCCACAGUCGAAAUAUUUCGCCGUCGGCAAAAUUGAUAAAGAUCAGGUAACAGAUUAUGCGUUUCGAAAGAAAAUUCCAAUGGAAUCCGUUGAACAUUGGUUAAGUCCAAUUCUUGGUUACGAAAACAACUUAUAG